UAAAGUGGGCGGGUCUUGGCCGCGCAGCCUCUGGGCCUCAGCCUCUGUCAUUCCUCAGCGUUUUGCUUGUUGUCAAAAUGGAGUUCUUACUUGGAAAUCCUUAUAGCACACCCGUGGGCCAGUGUAUAGAGAAAGCUACAGACGGAGGCCUUCAGAACGAGGACUGGACGCUGAAUAUGGAGAUCUGUGACAUUAUAAAUGAAACAGAUGAAGGGCCAAAAGAUGCCAUGAGGGCGCUGAAGAAGAGGCUGAGCGGGAAUAGGAAUUACAGAGAGGUCAUGCUGGGGCUGACGGUACUGGAGACGUGUGUGAAGAACUGUGGUCACAGGUUUCAUGUCCAGGUUGCAAACCGAGAUUUCAUUGAUGGUGUUCUGGUUAAAACCAUCUCCCCCAAAGCAAAUCCUCCUACAAUAGUACAAGACAAAGUGCUGUCGCUUAUCCAGUCCUGGGCCGAUGCCUUCAGGAGCAGUCCCGAUCUAACAGGGGUGGUCCACAUUUAUGAAGAGCUGAAGAGGAAGGGGGUGGAGUUCCCGAUGGCGGAUCUGGAUGCGCUGUCUCCUAUUCACACGCCACAGAGAGGAACACCAGAGAUAGACCCCGCCAUGAUGAAGUACCUCGCUCCAUCUGCACCCGCUACAGCAACCCCAAAACCCGCUCCACCCGCUCCUGUUGCCACGCACACCCCGGCCGUGCCCGGCCCCAUCACGGCGACCCCUGAACAGAUUGCCCGGCUGCGGAGCGAGCUGGACAUAGUGAGAGGAAACAUUAAAGUCAUGUCGGAGAUGCUGACGGAAAUGGUCCCCGGUCAGGAAAGUGCCUCGGACCGGGAACUGCUCCAGGAGCUGAACAGAACAUGCCGGGCGAUGCAGCAGAGGGUGGUGGAGCUGAUUUCUCGUGUGUCUAACGAGGAAGUGACCGAAGAGCUGCUGCACGUCAAUGACGAUCUCAAUAACAUCUUCCUUCGAUAUGAAAGGUAUGAGAGGUACAGGUUGGGUAGAGCUGCUCAGAACAACGGGAUGUUAACUGACUCUAUAGAGGACAACCUAAUAGACCUGGGCCCAGGCUCUCCGGCUGUGGUUACGCCGAGGAUCACGUCCAGCCCUCCACAAAGCUUGACUGCUGGAGCCACGGCAUCCCCAGCCCACAGUACAGCUGCACUUUCCACUGCACUGGCCAAUCUGGACGUAUCCUCCAACAGUGUGAGUGGUACCCUGUCUUCUCUGUCGGGUCCCAACAAGGACGACUUUGACAUGUUUGCUCAGACCAGGAGCAGCUCUCUGGCUGAACAACGUAAAAACGUCAAAUAUGAGGACCCUCAGGCUCUGGGCAGUCUGGCCUCAGCUUUGGACGUUAGGCAGCAGAACACAGUUGGGCUGAGGGUUAUGGGGGAUGAUAAUCCAGCAGAUCAGGAGCUGCCCAUAGACAGCUGGCUUAUUACCCAAGGAAUGAUCCCCGUAUCGCAGUCCUCUGUCAUGGAUGACAUUGAGGAGUGGCUGUGUGCUGACGUGAAAGGAGAUGCUACCAAGGAAGGGGUGACCAGUGAAGACUUUGAUAAAUUCCUGGAGGAGCGAGCCAAGGCAGUAGACUCUCUGCCAUCUCCCCCCGAAGCAAAUCCUGCUCGCUCCGCCAGCGGCUCCCGCAAGAAGAACGAACGGACGGAAGAUGCCCUCUUUGCCUUGUAGACUGCUGUCAGAGAACCUCAGUCGUCCAAGAGGAUUCAUAAGGUCUUAGCCUGAGAGGAGCCCCCGCAGCACCGCCCUUGUAGUACCAUUCCAUCGGCUGUAAGUGGUGUAGCAAGUGGUCUCCGCCUCUUCGUCGUUCUCUUGCCAAUGUAGCUCCAACCCAUACAAGGCUAAGAUGUUUACCACGCUAUCAGUUCUGGUUUGUUUACUUAAAGAUUGAUGUUAUAUUGAUCAUAUUGGAUGUAGUACCUGCUGCCCUGCAGGUAAUGUCUCACGCUCUCUCUACUGAAUGAGGGCAACUUAACCAAUCUAGUCUAAGAACGUGUUUUGUUUAAGGGAAAGGAGGGGAAGUUGAAAUGCAGGUUCAUGCAUUAAGUUAUUGUAGAUCACACUUUGAAUGACUAUUUUUUUACUACUUUUAGCUAAUUGCUUAUUUACGGGUGUUAAAGGUUUGAUCUAAACAGCAAAGCUAACUGUUGACCCAUAACUUUUUUUUUAUAUAAAUCUUGAAAGGCUUUUUAUUACUUGUUAAGUAUGAAACUUUCCUAAAGCACUAUAAAGGAAAGACUUGUAUUAACAUGCUUGAUUUAGCUUAACAGUGUAUUGUGGGGAGUUACAUCAUACCUUAAAAAGUUAAAAAUCCCCAACAUUCCGAAACCAAAAGAAAUUUUCAAAACAAAAGUUUGGAUAAAACAUAUUAUCCCUUGUAAACAGCUAAAGGGAAAGAAGUCGCCCAUGGAAGAUUUCCUGUUUUAUUUUUUUUUAUUUUUUUGUUCAGGCUUUUGAAAAGGCCCAACAAGCCAAUGGAGUAUAACCUUUAAAAGCUGCAAACACGUGUAGCCAUUCCAAAGAAAAUAAAGGCUUUAACGACCAACUUUGACUUAA